UAUUGCCCCAAAGACGCAAUACUCAAACAAUUCUCUUUUCCUCCUCUCUUUAUUUUUGUUUUCUCAUGAAUUUCGAACAUUCAGGGGCUUCCAUUCAGUCCCCCCACCCUUGCCCCCAAAUAUUGUCGCAAAGGUACGUACCUGGCGGGAGCCCCACUUGGCCGCGAUUCACCGCCAAAAUUUUUGACAAGUCGAGAACUCCGUAGCUACCUACCUAGAAAAUGCUAAACUCAACGAGAGCUCCCCACGCCGUUAUCAUGAGACGGAUCGCAUAGUUCACCAAAGAAGGCGAACCUCGCCCAUUAUACAUGGACGCCGCGGCACUCCUCAAAUCGCAAGGUUGGAGGGGAAAGGGCCAUUCCCUCCACCCCACCGACAACUCGAUUGGGCUCGCGAACCCGCUCCUGCUCUCCCGAAAUAGCGAUGGCCGCGGCAUUGGCCAGAAAAAGCACUUCACGAGCGACCAGUGGUGGCUCGAUGCCUUUGACCAGAAACUAAAGGGCCUCGACACCUCCGGGAAAGGCGUGGUCCAGUCGGUGACCAAUGGCGCAUUGGACUUGGUGACUGCCGGCAAUGGGAAGUUCUCGGGCACGAGCUCGCUGUAUGCAACCUUUGUAAGAGGUGGGAUGUUGGAAGGGACGAUGACUCCCGACUCGGCUGAGGAGACGACCGAUGCCACGCCUACCAGCCAGAACCGGGAAUCCGUACCCGGUCUCCGGAGCGGGCUGAAGAAGGAAACCAAGGAGGAGCGGAGGGCAAGAAAAGCAGCCAAGAUGCUGGGGAAGGCGGAGCGCAAGGAGUCCGAGAAAAUGGCACGCAAGUUGCUCGUCGAGACUAAGGAGGAACGACGAGUUAGGAGAGCUGAGCGGCGGGCCGGGAGGGUUGAACGACAGGCCGAGAGAGCCGAGCGGCGAGCUAGGAAAGAGGCGAGGCGGAAGAAGCGACAAGAGAAGGAAGCACGGAAACAAGCGAAGGAGGCACGGAAAGCGGCUGGGGGGUGAACACCCAGGCCAACGUGCGAGUACACUCAAGUUUCAAAGCAACCCGAUCCCAGCCCCGAAGAGUCGAUCGCAGAGGGAAACUAAGCGAAGUUCGGGUUAUAUCCCGAUGAUUGCGGGCUCGUGAUCAGUCAAGGACGUCUGAGGUCUCUCGGAAAGCCCGAAACAAAGCCACAUAGC